UUCCCUGUAAGAUCUGUGGUGAUAAAUCAUCAGGAGUUCACUAUGGAGUCAUCACCUGCGAGGGCUGCAAGGGUUUUUUCCGGCGUAGCCAGCUGCCGUCCGUGUCCUACUCCUGUUCCAGACAGAGUAACUGUCCUAUAGACAGAGCCAGCCGCAACCGCUGCCAGAGCUGCCGACUGCAGAAGUGUGUGACCCAGGGCAUGAGCCGGGAUGCGGUGAAGUUUGGUCGGAUGUCGAAACGUCAGCGUGAGUCUCUGCGUGCCGAGGUGGAGAGACACCGUCAGCAGCAGCAGCAUCUCCAGGCAGAGGCCCAGCCCGCCCUGCCCUACACCAGCAAGGCAUGCCGUUUCCGGACACCCCACCUGCUCCAGGCCCCGGCUCCGGCCUACUCCUUCCCUGGAGAGCCAGAGCUGCCACCCUGCCCGACAGAUGUGCGCCCCUACCUGGUGUGCUCCCCAGGCGAGUCCCAGGCUCCAGGUCUGGCCUACCAGGGCUCCUGUGUGUCUCCUGGCAGUGGGCACUCAGACAAAAGAGGGUUCGACUCCCGUCAGCCAUCUCCUGACCAGACGAUAGGGAUGGGAAUUAGAUCGUAUAACCCAGAAGACCCCUACUGCCCUUACCGCCCCUCCCUGCUUCACAUAGAGGAGCUGUGUGACAGUAUCGUGCGGUCCCAUAGGGACACCAGUCAGUUCAGACUGGAGGAACUGCAGGCUCUGAGAUGGAAGUUGUUCAGCAGAGAGGAGCUCCAUGCCUACCAGAGCAAGUCAGUAGAUGAGAUGUGGCAGCACUGUGUGAGGCUGACUGAAGCGGUACAGUACGUGUGGAGUGUGGAGUUCGCCAAACGCAUCCCAGGGUUCCGUGGGCUUGGACAGAACGACCAGAUCACCCUGCUCAAGACUGGUUCGAUGGAGGUGGUUCUGGUCAGAAUGAGCAGGUGUUUUAACACAGAGAACAGCACCGUCUUCUUCGAUGGGAAGUUUGGCAGCACUGAACUUUUCAAGUCUCUGGGCUGUGGUGAUCUGAUGGUGGCGGUGUUUGACUUCGCUCACAGUGUGUGUGCCCUGAGACUGACUGAGCAGCAGAUGGCUCUCUUCAGCUCACUGGUGCUCAUUAACCCAGAUCGCCCCUGUCUUGAGGAUAGAGGCAGAGUACAUAGAAUGAGGAGAGACUUGGAGGUAUGCCUCAGCCACAUGCUACGCAGAGACAACCAGGAGAGCCUUCAGCACAAGCUCUACCAGAAGGUGUCAGUGUUGCAGUCUCUGUGCAGUCUUCAUGUGGAGAAGCUGCACUGGUUCAGCCAGCGCUACCCGCUCAUGGUCCACUCUGUCUUCCCUCCUCUAUACAAGGAGCUGUUCACCUCCGACCUGCCUUCUGUGGACUCCCUGUGAACUCCCUCUGAACUGUACCGUACAUGUUGACAGAUAAUUAGACAAAGAAACAUGCAUACAGUAGUAGACAGACACAAACACACAAACAUAGACACUUAAGAGACACACAGACACAUACACAGACACACAAACUUAGAGACACAGACACAUGAGAAUGCAUUGAUAACAUGACAUGAAAUUACUUUGAAUGCUUCACUUGUUGAAUAAAUAUAUUUUUGUCAUUUCAGAGAGCAAUGAUUUGAUUUGAUGAAAUUAUUUCAGUAGCCUAUUAGUGAUUGGACAUUGAAGUGAUUUUCAUGCAAAAAAAUGUUUUAUAGAUUUUUGUUUUGUUUUUCCUUUUUGAGUGUUAUUUCGUCCUUGAGAUUAUGUAUGUUAUUUUGACUCAGGGCGGCUGUUGUGACUGUAUCCAGACCAGUUGCUAGCUGGUAUAAAUGACCAUAUUUAGAUGAUCACUAUGAAAUCUAAUGGGUGUUUUCUGAGUUGUUUUUAAAUGUGUGACUUUACAGAGUUGGCAAACCCAUCAGACUGAGUACCUGAGCUAUAGCCCAUGGGCCCCACGGUUCAGGACCCAAACACACAGUCAAGUAUAUAGCUAGUCUUCUCAAUGAACUGUGUGUGGAUCGAAUUUGACCAACAAUCCUAUGUGUCUCUAUCGAGCUUUAAAUGAGGCUGUGUGUUGCAUUAAAACAGAGUCAGAAAUCCUAGACAGGCAGAAAUGUAAAUAUGAAUCAUCUAGAUUCUAGAACAUAAACUUGGAUGCUGGGUAAUAUUGCUGUAGGCCUACAGUAUGUAGGCAUUUGAAUGACUAACUUUGGGCAUGACUGUUAUUGUAAACAGAUUUUACAAACAUUACCGGUGUGUUUCUUUAACAUUCUCUGUUAGGAGACAAACUAAGUGUUACCAUGGUGAUUCCCAUGGCUUCCAAUAAACUGCUGAUAUGAUUUCAAAAAGGA